AACACCUCCAGUCAGGAUGAGUUCCCUGACCUCUGACCCUAACCAGACAGACAUCAACACCAUCAUCCGACCCACUUACUUCUUAAUCAGUGGUUUCAUAGACAUCCCCUACAUGAAAUACUACUACUUUUUCCUCUGUUUUGUUUACAUCAUCUCUCUGGUGGGCAACACCUUCGUCAUGACUGGUAUCUACUUGGACCGCAGUCUCCACAGCCCCAAGUACAUUGCUGUGUUCAACCUGGCCUUCACAGACGUGUGUGAAAGCACGGCCCUGGUUCCCAAGCUGCUGGACAUGUUCCUGUUCAGCAGACAGCUCAUCUCCUACGACCAGUGUCUCACUAGCCUCUUCUUCGUCUUCCUCUUCAUCACCAUGCAGUCCUUCAACCUCACCAUCCUCUCCUAUGACAGACUGGUGGCCAUCUGCUGCCCGCUCAGGUACCACAUGAUGGUCACUCACAGGUCCAUGCUCCAGCUGACGGGCGCCGCCUGGACGUUUGCUGUGUUGAUGCUGUUGAUCUCUGUGUGUCUCAUCACCCGGCUCUCUUUCUGUAGGUCUCUGGUGAUCAACAGCUACUUCUGUGACCACGGUCCCCUGUUCCGUCUGGCGGCCCCCUGUUCUGAUGUGGUCCCUAACAUAGUGAUGAGCGAAAUCAACACCUGUAUAGUUCUCUAUCUCCCAAUGAUCUUCAUCAUAUCAUCCUACAUCUGUAUAACACACGCCCUGUUUACCAUCACACUGCCCCAGGACAGACUCAGAGCCAUAAAGACAUGUACCUCACACCUAAUACUGGUGUCCAUAUUCUACCUGCCUGUUAUUUUAACAUACGUCCUCCACCCCAUCAUACCAACCAACGCCCGGAUCAUCAACCUCUCCCUGACCUCGGUACUGCCACCAAUGCUCAACCCCAUCAUAUACGUUCUGAAGACGGAGGAGUUUAAGGUAUCGGUUAAGAAGCUGCUCAGAAGAGGGGCCCAAAGUGCUGUGACGCAGGUCAAACCAACAUGAAGUACCUGGAUUAUUUCUCUUAAAAUUAAUAUAUUUACAGUGCCUUCAGAAAAUAUUCAUACCUAAACAGCCAUUUUCAAGUCUUGCCAUAGAUU